ACUCCUCGCUUUAUGAUAGUGGAUUUAUAGGUCGGGGUCGUGGCUUUGUAUGUUUUCUUUCUGUGAAGAAAUUUCUACACGAAUAAGGCUAAUCACACUUAACUCUUAAGUCAGUAAAAAAUAACGGGAUCUUACCGUACCGAAAUAUCAGUUGAAAAAUUAAUAAACCAAUUCCUAGAAGAACAACUCUCUUUUGGUAUAGAAAUUAGAAUAGUGGUUCACUGGUUCUCAUUUGCGCCAUUAAAAAAAAGUCAAGUUGGGAACAAAAAGAAAUCUCAACACUGGAGCACUUUCGGAAAGAGUAGGAAUGGAUAAGAAAGAAUCUACAAUAAGAUGUAGAGAUGUAGAGGUGGCAAUUAGGAUCCAAAUCCAUGAAUCCAAUCCAAUCCAUCCACCAAAUUAUCCACUUAAUCCAAUUCAUUUAAAUCCAAUCCAUUUGAUCCAAAUCCAAUUGGAUUGGUGGAUUCAUGGAUCAAUCCAUGGAUCCAAAUGGCAAAUUACGAUUUGGUACCUAUAUUUUUUAUAUUUUACAUUUUGGUACCUAAAAUUUAUAUUUUUAUACGAAAAAUAUCAUUGGAAAAUUACAUUUUGGUACCUAAACUUUUUCAUUAUGACAUUUUAGUACCUAAACUUUUCAAAAUUUACAUUUUGGUCCAAGCCUUGGAUGUCAUUUGGAUUCAUGUAUCAAUCCACCAAUCCAUUUGAUCCAAUCCAUGAAUCCACCAAUCCAUUGGAUCCAAUCCAUUUGAUCCAUGGAUCCACCAAUCCAAUCCACGAAUCCGAUCCAAUUGCCACCUCUAAUAAGAUGUGAUGCUUGAAGAUGACACAAAGCGUGAAUAAAAUGUUUAUAGAGACCGGAAAAGAAAUUGUUCACCUACUUUUUCUAGUCUUCGGUAAUGGUGUAUAAUCAGCCUGAGCUGGAAAGAAUGCGUCAUAUUUUCAAAGUCAAUUGUUCACGUACUUUCUCUAGUCUUCGGCAGUGGUGUAUAAUCAGCCUGAGCGGGAAAGAAUGGGGGUGGUUAGCCUGACUAUUAGGGGAAGAAUUCCCAGAAUAUAGCAAAAAUUAUACAUAAUUCUCUGAAUACAUAAGUUUUAUAAAAUUUUCCCAAACUACCCAAGUUUCAAAGGGUUCGAGUUUAUGGGACUCGAACUACUCACCAGUUCGACGAUAAGAAACUCGAACUAAAAGCGGAUCGAGUUUUAAACACACGAUCAACAGUGGUUCGACUUUGGAGGACUCGAACAACUAUGAUCGAUGACAUGGGACUCGAUCUUAGUAGAUCGAGUAUGGAAAACUCGAUCAAAUAAGAUCGACAUCUAAAACCUCGAUGUAGUGCAACGACUUUAACGCACUCGAUCUUAGUCUGCACUAGAUCGAGGCCUUAAGACUCGAACUACUGGCCCACAGACAUGCUUCAGGAUAGGGUUGCAGGGAUAAGAUUUUUGUUGUCAUAGAUCGAGUUUUAGGGACUCGAACUAGUGUAGUUCGAUUACACUAAACUCGAACUACUUGCUCAAUCAUUUUGUCCAGUCGCUUUCUAUCCGACAUGCGCCAGAAUAGGGCGCAGGGGGGAAAUUAUUGGUCGACAUAGAUCGAGUUUAAUGAACUCGAACUAGUGUAGUUCGAGUGUAUUGGACUCGAACCACUCCAUCAGUUUACGAUAAAUAAAAGCCAUCACUUAGCACUUUCUGGCAGCACUCUUCCUUUCUAUCUUCUUUCUUCCAAACACAAACUGCAGCUGCUGGAGCACCAUAGCUGAGCAAAGAAGAAAAAUUUUGGAGGUAAGUUCUGCUUACUUUGUUUGAAUGAGCAUAUUAGAAUUUUAGAUUAAUUUAGUAUUGUUUGUACUGUAUGUAAUGAGCUGCUUGUAUAAACUGCAGAAAUGGGUAGAAAAUUUCGAAAAUUCGACUUAAAGAUUCGGUGGAAUGGUCGAAUUACACACUUUCAUGAUAGUAUUGACUACGAAGAUGGUGAAUCAAGUAUUGUCCGGAUUGAGAGCAUAUUUACUUGGCAAGAACUCAGUCAUAUUUGUGCUGAAUGAUGUUGCAUAGCAGGGCGAAGAGUAUGCAAGAUGACUUACCGUAUGCAGGUUUACAAGGAUUAUGCACUUGUAUAUGAAGGAUCAGUUUUGUCUGACGGUGAUGACAUUAAUAUGAUGGUGAGAUUUAUUGCAGAGAACAGAUUUCCAAGUGCUGAGGUGUAUGUCGAAACAGAAGUUUUUGGCCAAUAUGGUGGCGGCGGUUAUACCGAACACGGUGAAGGAUCGGGAGGGUUUUCCGGUUCAGGAGAUUUCAGAGUGCGGCAUGAUGCACCAUGGCCAACAUACGAGGAUCGAACUGCAACUGGUCCAUUGGUGGAACAUGACGGACAGGAGUGGCCAGUAUGGGGUGAAGAAUGGGAUUACAUAAGGGCACCCAGACAGUCACCCAGACAAGCAUCUACACCAGCAUCUGGCAUCAACAAUGAUCCAUAUGUGGAUAAACCAAGUCCUCCGUACACUAGCGAGGCAAGCGACAUGGAAGAUGAAGAGUUAGAAUCAAUGAGUAGUUCAGAUGGUGAAGAUCUGGAAUUUGAUGAGGGGGAAUUUGAGCCCCCCACACCUCACUACACGAUGGUGCCACAACAUCCUCUCUAUGCUCACAACGACGAUCCUGACCUCCCUCCUAUACCAAUAUGAACUCCUGACUCUGGAUUCGUGGUUGGCCAAACAUUUGGAGGAAAGCCUCAGGUGGUCGAUGCAUUGAAAGAAACUGCUAUGCGAAGAAGCUUUCAAUAUCGUGUCAUCACUUCUGACACUAAACAAAUUUAUGUUCGUUGCGAGAACCAUGGCGACGGAUGCAUGUGGCAUGUUCGGGCGGCAUAUGUUAAAAGAAAUGGGGCUUGGCUCAUUCGUAAGACAAACAACAACCACACUUGUAGGUUGACACGCUAAAACACAACACCUAACAAUGGCCAAGUGUAACCAAUGAAAGAGACUGCAGUAUAGUGGCACAAGUAAUAAAUAUCGAAUCCACGGGUCUCUAGAGUUACUAUUACUCAGCUUCAGUUCAUUAUCUAGCAAACUAGAUUAAGGAUUGAUUAACCAAACUACUCUACUAACUAAACUAAGUAAAACUACUAAUUACAGUUUGGGAACUCACUUAGGUAUGAUUCCCCCUAGCUCCUCAAUUAGGUCCAAGUUGUAAUUCCUUUUGGUUGUUUUACUGUUGAUUAAACUGCGGAAGAUCCGACAGUAGCUUGGAAUCUCUUAAGCUGACCAAACCCUCUCAGUCGAACUAUCCGGCAGACGACUAGUCUUCACCGGGAUAGAAAGCUGAAGCAAUAAGCACAGAACUCCACUACUGGAAUUGGAUUCCAGUACAAAGCAGUAAACUGGCUAACUCUCGUAUAGCCAAUCUCCUACUACCGAAUGAUGAGACUCUAGCAACCUAAUCAGAUUCUAUCUAUCUCAGAUUGCAGCAGGAAUCAGGAAAAGUUUAUCAGACUUCAAUUGACUCAAUAAACAUGCAUCAUUCGAUUAUAAUCAAACAAUAAAGCAUCCAAAACUUCAUACAAGAAAGAUCCUAACUCAUGGAACUAGGGUUCCUCAAAACCUAAGUGAAAGGAAGUUACUCCAUAGAGAAGAGAGAGACUGCAGAAAUCUGAUCUAGAUCUUCAAUCUCCAUCUCCAAGCUUGAUUCCCGAGCUUCAAUGGCGAAGAAAUCCUCCAAAAUAGCUCCAAGAACGUUCUCAAGUCGCUCUCUCUCUCUAGGGUUCGCCCCUUGGGUGUUUGGGAUCCAAAACCCAGCUCUCCCCCUUUCCUUUUGCUGAAAAUCGGGUUUUAAACAGCAAUUCCCGACUCACACGGCUAGGCCACACGGCCGUGUGGCUUUCCCAGCUGCCCGUGUGAAGGCUCGGUGAUUUCCACACGGCCACAUGGCCAGGUCACACGGCCGUGUGGGUUGUGCCCGUGUGGCUUGCUCAGCCUCUGUUUAAUGCUUCGUUUCUCCCUCGUCCGGACUCCGAAUCAGUCGCCGUUUGAUCCCAGACGCUCGUAGUCUCGUCCUCUUUCUUUUCAUGAUAAGAUUGCAUGAUUAUUUGUCCAUAAACUGAGGUAGAAAUCCAUUCUUCUUCAGGUCAUACCCAAGUUUCUUCUCCCGAAUCGUCAAUUGAUCUCUUAUUGACUUGAAUCUUGCACCUAUGCUUCACUUUAUGUGCUAGGACCUGAAAUGUGACAAAGGAACACAACCUAGCGUAAAAUAGGCCAAAGACACGAUAAUUCAAGCUCAAACAAUCAAGAAACAAAGGGGAAAACAUGUGCAAAUACCGAGUCAUCAAAUCCCCCCACACUUAACUAUUUUCUUGUCCCCAAGCAAACCUAACUCAAACCAAUGCAGCUCUCCAGAGCUCUAUAGCAACAUACAACCCCGAUCGUCGGUAGAGGAUUUCCUAGAUCAUAUAGCAGUUUACGAGGUCAACUGGUCUUCUAAGACGUUCCCUAUCUCUCUCAAUGCGAGUACUAGACUCAAGCUAGGAUCAUGAGAAAAAGUAGAAGUAAGACAGUCAGUUCAUGGAUAAAGAGACUCACACCCU